UUCCAUUAUUGCCCACAGUGAACGCGUGAUGGCACUACGGUCGUGGAUAGGGCCAACGAAUUUCGUUGGAUAGGGCUAGUGGGGCAUUUCAUUAGGAUAUUUUCGUGUUGAGAUCUACAAUUAACUGCGUACUCAACUUUUCUUCGUGUGUGAUUCAAUAUGCAGUAUUAUCUAGAGAUUUUUUUACUCUCUAUUUUAAUCCUCAACAGUAUAAUAACUGCGACUUGCUUGAACAUUGCUGUGGACUUCGACCUCGUCGGCGAAGGAUUUCAUAGGUCUUUAGAGUACAGCAUCAGCUUCGAUGGACUGAACCAGGUUGACUGUGCUGUUGCACUUCACGUGCUUCUUCCUUCUGCAAUAUAUAUCAACGUGGAUGAGGUAGCAGAUUUGAAAAGACAAGGAAAAGCCCGUGUAUGCUCACAGGGUGAAACAGACGUGGAAUUGUUUGCAGAAAAUGCAGAGUCCCAAAAUGUAACGAUCUGUGAGCAGUUGAUAUCCUCUGAGAUUAAUUUGUCACUGCCUGUUCAUCAGCGAUACCAGUUUGCUCGUGCAGAUGGAGACUAUCUCGAUGUGCUUAUUCCACAACCAAAACUACUCCUUGGGUGUAAAAAUCGGAUAAAAGAAUACCGUGUAUCCAACAUUGAUCUCUGUGCACCUUGCGUCGAUCUUGCUAGAAAGUGGAGAGAAAUUCCUUACAAAGUGGAACCCACAGAAAAGAUCUGGCGUGUUCCUGUAGGCAAUUCUUCUUAUCUGGAUCACGUAUCUUGUACCACUUUACUGGUAACAAGCUUGGGAGCAGCUGUGGUCUUGCGAGUACUAUUGCAGUCAGGGAUCAAAAGCAGAUCAGGAGUAAAAGUAGACUAAGUCCUGGUAAGUGGAGUUGAAUUAUUUAUCUGCCCACAAUUGUAUAAAUUACUUGAUGACUAUGAAAAAUCAUGUUUUAUACACACGGAUCUCUUGUUCCGAACCCUUGAGACUAGAUGAUGUACUCAGUACACCAAACAGAGGUCUGAGGAAUCUAAA